CUCCUCUCCCGUUCCUCCCGCAGAAAACGGAUCGGGCGCCAGGGGCCUCUCAGGAGUCAGGACCGAGCGCCGCCUCCAGCUCCUCCAGGCGCGUUGCAGCGCUCCUCCCCACCCAGGCCGCGGCGCCCCUCCUGCGCAGCUCCGCCCCAAGGCCGCGGCACCCCUCACUGCGCAGCUCCGGCCAGGCCGUGCCCCCCUCCCCGCGUGCAGCACUCCUGGGGAGGAGCUCCUGCUGCAACGGCGUGGAGAGAGGCGGGGCGGGGCACAAGGACGUCUGGAGCGCGGCGGCGAAGCGCGGCGAUGGAGUUCUGCCCGGCGUGUGGGCUGCUGCUGCAGAUAGAUCCGGGCACAGGAGACCACCGCCUGCGCCUCGUCUGCCCCUACGUCUGCCCGAUGCAGAACAAGAUCGUGAAGAAGGCGAAGGUGGUAAAGAAGGAGGUAGAGCCCAUCUUCAGCAAAGCCGACGCGAUGAAGUUGGCGCCCAAGACCGCAACUUCAUGCCCAAGAUGCAACCAUGGAGAAGCAUACUUCAAGCAGAUGCAGAUUCGAUCAGCCGAUGAGCCAAUGACAACAUUCUAUAGGUGUUGCAGAGAAGAAUGCCAGCUUGAAUGGAGAGAUGACUGAUCUAGCAACUAGCAUUUUCCACUUUGCUUUCACUACAUGCUUGUUCUGCUUCAGUUUUGAGUGGUGAUAUGCCCUGUUGCACAUGUAAUUCUUCUUGUAACCACCUUGUCCUUCAGUACAAACUUCGGUGAAAUGUUAUUAUGGUGCCGCAUUUUGGCUGCAGAAGACACUACUAGUAGGAGUGAAGUGUUUUGGAAUGUAUGUGCUUCAUGCUGGCUACAUUUGGUAGCGUGAAUGGCAUUUUCAAAGGAAUAAAGUGUUCCUGAGUUAAUUUAGCAAACAUUUUCACAGACUCA